CUGAUCAAGAAGCAGCUGGUGAACGCCAUCAAGGCGCUGCAGAAGCAGUACGUCACCUCGGACGCCGUCGUGACCAGCGACGAUGGCAACACCAACACCUUCUGCAGCGCCCUGGAAGCUGUCUUCAUGCACGGGCUGAAGGCGAAGCACAUCAAGACAGAGAACGGGGGAAAUAUCGUCUCGGAGCUGGAACAACUCAUCUUCAUCAACACGGACGUCGGCCGCUGCCGCGCCUGGCUGAGGCUGGCUUUGAACGAUGGCCUCGUGGAGUGUUACCUGAACCUGCUGCUGCGGGAGAGGUCCCGGCUGCCCGAAUACUACCAGACCACCGCUCUGCUCCUGGAUGCCGAAGAGUGCGAGUUUCUCCUGAGCUACUUGCAGGGUUUAUCGUCCUUAACCUUCGAGCUGUCCUAUAAAUCGGCGGUUUUGAACGAGUGGACCAUCACCCCUCUGUCCCUGUCGGGUUUGUGUCCCGUUUCGGAGCUGCUGGAGCCCCUCGCGUCCUCGACAUCCGAACCCCGCAGAAAAGCAUCGCUGGGUUCGAUCUCCCAGUCAUCGGGGUCGGACGAGAUCGAGAUUCAAGCCUCCGUCCUGCCCAUCAGCAAAGCCAGCAGCAAAACCAAGCUCACGUCGUCCUCGCUGAGCCUGAACACCACCAGCUCGUCCCAGCUCUCCUCCAGCCUGGGCUCCGACAGCGUCCUCCCGCCCCACUGCUCCCGCAGCCCCUGCGACUCCGACCUGGGGACGGCCACCACCGAGGACCUGGACAGGUCGCUGCGAGAGGUGUUGUCCGAGUUCAGCAAAGCCAAGCCAAGCCCGGAAGCCCCGCAGGGAGGGCAGGUCCCCAGCGUGCUGGGCUGCUCCCCACAGCCACCCGCCUGCCCCCUGCCUGCAUUGCCUGUCCCCCCAGCACCGUCCCCUCACAUCAAUGGCCCCCCAGAGCCAUCACCCCACACCAACGGCCCACGCUCCUCUGGGACAAGCAGCACGGUAACCGCCAGCGGUGGGGAUGGAGAUGCAGCACCGCAAGCCAACGGCACGGCCGGCGUUUCAGCCUCACGGUGUGGAGAUCCGAGCGGAGGAGAGACGGGCAGAAGCAUCGUGGUCAGCAGCAGCGAGGCGAGCCAGGCCGUCCGCAGCCCGACGGCCCAGUACCUCCUCUCUCCGCUGCUGGGUUGUCCGAAAAGAAAGAGCUGGAUCUCAGAAGAUGAUUUCUACAGACCUUCUCUGGGAGACAGCGGCGAGAGCGCAGCCGAAAUCAACGGCUUUGGGCCAGAGGGGGCUGGCGAGGGCCCGGCCCCGGGGCUGAUCAGCGCCCUUGACCUGGAGCGGCUGUCGGUGCCGUCCUCGCAGAGCGAGAAGCCCAAAACCUCGCCCGAGCGGGAACAGAAAGGCUUCAGCGUUGUGCACCGCAGGCAGAUGGGUCUUUCCAACCCGUUCCGAGGGCUCCUGAAGCUGGGCAGCCUGGAGCGGAGAGGAGCCAUGGGGAUAUGGAAGGAGUUUUCCUGCGAGCUGUCGCCGCUGGAGCUGCGGCUCUUCCUGGACCACGAGGACCGCAUCUGUGUCGAGAGCCAUUCCCUGCUGCGCUGCGAGUCGCUGGCGCUGACGCACUCGGACGGCCGCUUCGAGCUGGUUUUCCUGGGGAAGAAGCUGUACCUCCGAGCUCCUUCUCGCGACGAGGCCGAGGACUGGCUGGACAGGAUCCGCGAGGCGCUGCGCAAGUGCCGGCCCCAGCUGGAGGAGGAGGAGUGGGAGACGCUGGAGUAUCCAGAAGACGGCGGCGAAGGCCACCCCGUCCACGGCGACUCCGCCGCUCUCCUGCAGUACAGCGACGUGCCUGCAAGCAGCUUUGACUGGACCCCAAUUCACGAACCCGAGCCGGAUGCGAUAAAAGAGGCCGUUCUGUACGUGGACAUAGACAAAACCUGGGUCCCCUUCGUUUUUUCCCUCUCCUUAGAAACUUUAAAGUGCUUUAAAAUCCGAAACAAGGAUAAAAUUUUAAGCAACAGCUACGGCAUAGAGACCAUCCAGGACAUCCUCCCAGACACCAGCCUGGGCGGACCAGCCUUCUUCAAGGUGAUCACCUCCAAAGCCGUCCUGAAGCUGCAGGCGGAGAGCGCCCAAGAGGCGGCCUCGUGGGGGGGCCGGGAGCUGGUGCGAGCGGUGCUCAUGUCCUACCUGGAGAGCGCGGAGGAGGCGCUGACGCUGGGGGGCGGCUUGGACGGGCACUCCCAGGUGGUCCUGAAGAACAUCGUGAAGGAAAACGGCUUCCUGCUGCAAUACCUGGUGGCCAUCCCCGUGGAGAAGGGCCUGGACUCGCAGAGCUUCAUCUGCGCAG